AUGGAGAAGAAGGAAAAGAAUGUGUGCCACCAGAUGGAGAUCUGGAAGCAGUUGAUUGACACUGAAUUGAAGACAGCUGCGAGUUGGGAGUGCCAGUGGGGGUUCUUGAAGGGAGAGCAGAAGAUGCAGGGCUCGGCUUCCGCGCCAAUGCUCAAGGACUUGCGAGCUGGCAAGAUGGAUCGGACGCAGGCGCUCACGUGGCGGACCAAAACGCCUCAGCAGCGCUACGGCCGGCCUCUUGCCACAUCGCAUGAAAUCGGCUGGCGUCCGUCCAUCGAGCGAUUUGGGGUCAGUCAUCACGGCAUCAAACGAGACCCCGGCAUUUGGCCGGACAUUUGA